AUGAAGGAGAAGGAAAAUAUUAGAGUUGCUACGAGUAUGGCAACGACCAUGAAAUCUCAGCCGAUGUUGGAUCAAAGCUACGUCCUGCAAAUGCCAUCAGCUUCAUCUUACAACCCGAAAACUUCGACGAUGAUGAAUCAAAAUCUUAUAUACCAAAGCAACGUUUUACAAUCGUCAACAUCUUUCAAUUUUCCAGAACAAUCAAUUAGAAAUCAGUACAUAAAUUUGCUAGGACCAUCGUCAUUCUAUACUUCUUCACCGACUGAUCAAUCUGCUGGUAAAUCAAACUCUCCAUCGUCUUACCAUUCAAAUUCGCCGUCCAUUUUGGAUCAAAGUCUCGGAUACCAAAACAACUUUAUGCAAAUGCCAUCAGCUUCUUCGUACCACUCAAACUCUUCGCCGACGAUGGAUCAAAAUCUUGGAUACCCAAGCAACGUUAUACAAUCUUCAACAUCAAAUUCUCCGGAACAACAAAUUCCCUAUCAGAACAUCAAUUUACUAGGACCAUCGUCAUCCUGUACUCCUUCACCGAUGGAUCAAUCUGCAGUUAAAGCAAUUUCACCAUCGAAUUCGCCGCCGCUGAAUCCGUCUGCAAACCAAUUCAACGAUAUCGUCUCACCACAGUUUAUAACCCCAAUUUACAAUAACGAAGAAUGCACCGAGCAGUACACAACAUUGAACGAAGUAAAUCCAGGUUAUAACAACACUUCCAGCGAAGAGCAGACCUACUCAGACGAAAUCAACUAUUACGAGAUUCAGCAGAUGCUUGAAGAUAUUUAUUAA